CGCCUUCUAUUUUCGGGCAGAUCCCCACCACAGCUUGCUUUCGGCCUUCCUCCUUGCUCGGAAGCUUGCAUAUCGAUUUCAUUGUUCCAAUAAUUCACACGUCUACGAACGAAUCAGCGCCUCGAACGCGGUUAACAGCAGCUAGAACAACGAAAAGAAAUACGAGAUGAGGCAACCAUAAAAUCAUAGAAAGAACGAAAGAAGAAAAAAAGUUGUCGCACAUGCUUUAAUAAAGCAACACAGUCCCUCUGGGUUUUCAAGUCUCGCCGACGCGACUGACAUUGCGACCAAGUCACGAUGAACAACUCACAACCCACAACAUCGCUACUCGAUCAGGGCGAACCUAUAUCAAUCGCCCAGCUCAGUCCGGAUGUCCCAGGUCAAGACGCACGAGUUAUAAUUGGCACCGUGACUAUUACAUGGCCAUUUAGUAUCCUCAACAAAUCUAUCGCAUUUCUUUUAGCUGAGCGAGACUUUCGACUCCGACGCGAAAAUGGCCAGGUGCGAAUCCGUUUCCAUGGCGCAGCCGCUAAGGCGAUCGCAGAUGCAUCGUUGGGAGCAGGUGACGAGGUUCGUGUGAGCCUGCAGGGCGUCAAGUGGGAGAAAAACGAGACACAGACUCAAGUCGCAGGAAGCACUUUAGCAUGGCAGCUCGAAUUUACAAAUCGCUUGGUACUUGGUAUCCGUCGACCCGGAGAAGAACGAGACACAUUGCUCACUAUCGACGCCCCAGACGCGGAAACGGGAACCACUACCACCAACGGCCAAAUUGAUAAAACUGACCAAAUCGACACCCUCACAUCCGCGCCCGAAGAAGCUGCCACACCUACGCCUUCAUCUCCAGAAGUCACCUUACCUGUAAAACGAACUGCUUCGUCGACUUUGGGACCUCUUGAAUUCGCUUCGCCUGCUUUCCUCAAACGAGCCCGUGUCUCUUAUGGGGCAUUAUUCGAAGGAGAUAUAGAGAUGUUCGAUGACGAUGACGAUGUUGGGAGGACCAAAUCGAAAAAGCGCACGCGGUUCAGUCUACCUGCCAACUCUUGGCGAUAUACUAGCCGAUCCCCUAGCCCAGAGCCUGAAAACGAUCGUGAAGAGGAAGAUAAAGAAGAGUCCUAUAUGAGGAGUGUCUCGCAGCGCAAUGGCGAUACAGAAGAUACUACCACAAAUACAACACCACGACCGAGGAUGGUUGAUCAAGGUAGUCAAACAGUAUAUGUCGACUUUACUCCGAUGGCCAGUGUGCAGGUUUUGGCUGAAUCAAGACCAGCUUUUGGAUUGACACAGACGACUCCCACGCCAUUUGCCCGAACGAGACUGUUUGAAAGAGAUGAUUCUCUUGUGAACCAGUCUUUGCAACUCGCAGGAGACUCGACGACACCACAGGGGAUGCCACCUAGGACAGAUGAAUAUCUACUGGGUCACACCCCAAGCAACGUGAACACCGAUAUGCCUUUCAGUUUUACUCCACAGACCGUACUCUUUCCUCAGGCUCCGGGUUACUUUUCGGAGGAAAAUGCACAAGAUAUUGUAACUGAUUCGCCCGGUCUCCUUCCAAGAGCAAUGAAUUAUCCAGCUGAGUUCCUGGAGACCGAAAACCCCCCUCAAAAUGUUGUGGAAGCUCUUGCAGGCCUCGCUUCUCAUGAACCACAGUCCUCUGGACUCCCCCAAAUUCCUCUCGGUGCUGAACCAGCGUUUCACCCUGCAUUCACUGCGACUUCGCAACCACCUCAGACUGCCUGGGCCAUAGGAUUGUCCCCUGGACCCCGCUCUGCAGCUGCUAGUAGCGACGCUGAGAAUCCAGUAGAAAUUUUGAGCUCUUCGCCAUUCAGGGAACAAGGGUCGCGGGGGUCUAGUAAUGACCGCCAGUUAUCUCCCUCAAGAGAGAAUACGGAUAUGAACACAACCGCAAAUGUAUCUCCAGAACCCGCACUUGAGGAACCGGCAAGUGAAGCUGAGUAUUAUCGCGAUGGUGGUGAUGAGCCUGGCGAUGAUUACGACCUAAGGAAGUACUCCCGCACGCACGAUGACGACGACGACAUGGAGACAUCUGAAGAAGAACCCGAUCCAAAUACCAAUGACCCUGAUAUACAAAUCAUGAAUCCCGAUGAGGAUGACGCAGAUGGCGAUGAAGAUGUCGUAAACCAAGAGGAAUACCUCGACGACGAAUACCCUGACACGUACGAGCAACGGUCCGACGUCGAAGGAGAAGAGUACGAAGGGUCGGAAGGUGAUGCGGAAGGUGAAUAUGACUCGGAUGAAUACUACUACGACGAUGAAGAUGGUAGAGAAGAGGACGUGGACACCCGCCCUUCCGCUCCACUUGCUUCUCGAGAGCCUGUUAUCAUCGACCUACUCUCAGAUUCCGAAGAUGAGGAAGCGCCAGAACCAGAACCAGAGGCAGCAAUGGAUGCAGAGGUCGAAAAUAAAGACGACAAACCAGUACUGGGGAUAGAAGAGGCGAAAACAUCACCAGCGUCAAAGAUAGAAGGAGAUUUUCAAGUCCCCGAAGCAGAUAAGAUUAUGGCCGAAGAGGAAAACCAGCAUCUGUCGCGGUUUGAUACGGAUGAAGAGCCCCUGUCUUCAACCAAAGAGGGAAAGGAGCAGGCAACAGAGGCAGGAAUUGUUGACAGCAACCAAAUGGGUCCAAUGAAUGAGGGACAAGUUCCUACAUCUGAUUCUGAAGGCUCAAUCAAACAUGAAGCUGAAGUUGCCGAGGCCGCCAUUUGUGCAACCAGAAUUGGGGAUGACAACGAGAUCACAGACAAAGCAAAGUCACCUGUCACUUCAUCUGCCCCACGGGAGUUUCCCAGCGCAGAAGUACUGCAAUGUCAUGAUUACGAAGCUGGAAAGAAAUCAAAUCCAGUGGAAGCGGAAGCGGAAGCAUGCGAUAUCGACAUGAGGAAUGCCCCUCCACUGCUGGGAGAAGCAAAAGGGCACGAGGCAAAGGACAUUACCCCUGGUCAAUCUGCUGAGACGAACCCACUAGACGAGACAGCAGUUGAACCUGAAGCGACAGUCGAGGCCAUGGACAUUGAUGAACCACCUCACAGACCUACUCCAACAAUGGAAAUUCUGGAAGCCAAUGUUGGUAUUAGCGGACAAGUAUACACCGCGACCACGGAAGCUCCUUACGAAGCAUUAACAGAUUCCCAAGAACCAUCUCCACAGCCACAAGAGACCAUACACGAUGAUGCCAGAUCGUCGAAUGUCCCCAAAACUGGGACGUUGUCCGGAGAGAGUCAAGCUAUGACAUUCGAGAAUCAGGAAAAUAUCGAAUCUCAGAUAUCUCAAGGUCCUGAACAUUCUGAAUCGCAUGAAAACAUGUCGGACCGCUUGUCAGAGGUGGCAACUAAACCAGCUUCUCAAAUGGUGAAUGCUUUGGACCAAGCAGACAACGGCGAAGUUGAGAAGGCAAGCGAUGAGGCACAGCCUGAAAAUGGUGGCCAAAUUUCCCCUCCGCCAACACAGGACCCAGAAGUCCAGACCCUGCUGGAAGACAGCAUCAAAGUCUCGCAUGACCGUGCUGUCGAACAUCUUCCCACUCCUGGUGGCACACAGCAGGUGAUCGAGGUCGAAACAGUCGGCACACUGAGUGUUAUCACUCAUGCUAACCAGAUGACGGAGGAGGAGGAGGAGGAAGGACCAGAGGAUCAGAUCAUGGCUGAAAUAUUACAGCAAUCUCCCGUGCAACCCGAAACACGCCUUUCUACAGACCCUGCUUUGUCCACUGUAACGUCACAAACCAAAUCGCCUCACCACACUGGACCGGCUGAUAGGCCGCUUAUAGGAUCUCCCCAAGAUGCUGAGGCAGCAUCUGAGAUCAUAGUCGCCAAGUCUUUGCGACCUCGGCGGCACAAGCCAACCAAAUCAUCAGAUGGUAAUGGGCACGACGAUCCUAGCCUGGCGUUUAUCACAACCACACCCACCUUGAAGACCACGGACCGUGGCAGCAAGCCCAGCAGUCCAGCCGCAUCAAGCAGCAAGACACGCAGUAAAACGCACCGCGACGAUCCCAGCAUCCAAUUGGCAGGUGGCUCGGUGCAGGCAGAUACAAAGAACAAAGGGAAAAGAAAAGUAACCGACGAUGAGAGCAUUCACAGCGUGGACAACAACUCACCAGGAUCCCAGCGAGUGCUACGUCCGAGGAAUGACCACGGUGACCCUAGCAUAUUGCUUGCUAAAGGGUCAAGUCCAUCGACUCGACAGACUAGAAGUCAGAAGACUCCAGAUCCAAAGCGGGAGACCCCUAGGCGUGAAACUCGCUCGGUAUCGCGAAGCUUUCACCGGCAGGAAGAAUCCCCGAACUUGUCGUUCGCCUCGCUCAAGUCGCCGUCGAUCGCUGGCUCUACAGCGACUGUGCUUUGUGUCUGACCGAUCCGUCG